AUGUUCACUGCUAAAACUGCGACGAAGUAUCCAUAUGCCGGCUUGGUAGACCUUCCGGUUGAGAUUAUUCUCCAAAUCGUCACUUACAUUAGCCCUCCCAGUAAGUCGCAUCUGCGGUUGCCUUUUGGCUACACACUCCACAGGACAAAUCUUCGAGACGGCAUUCGAGACCUCAAAAACCUGACGCUAUCAUGCACGAGGCUAUACGACAUGCUCCAGCCGACCCUGUACACCCAAAGUGGUCAAGAUGACUGGUACGCUCUUCGUUGGGGCGCUUUCCACGGCCUGACCCGGACGAUGGAAGACGCAUUUCUGGCCGGAGCACCGUUAAACUGGGUGUACGAUGAUGUCGACGACUAUCAUGCCAACAGCUACUGUCGAUGUGGCCGCUUCGACGGCGGCCCUGCUUGGUCGAACAACUCCGUAUGCUGCACGCUCUUCUAUGAGAAAAAGCCCGUACGCAGUGCCUGGACGCCAUUACUGACUGCCAUUCGCGGCGGGCAUCCUGAAGCUGUCGAAUGGCUUCUUUCAAAAGGAGCUGAUGCUAACUGGGCUGCCAGACCGGAACCCGGACUGGGAGAAAUACUCUCCCACAUAACCGACAUCUUCGGGCUCGCUGCUACACCCCGAGCCGUUCUCUCGGCCAGCGGUUCUUCGACCCUUCAUGCCCACAACACCGCCGACCCUGCGAUCCCCAUCACACAGUCCAUCAGCGGUGCCCACAAGCUCGGCUGUCACCACAUCUGCACCUCGCGUGAUGGCCGUGUAGCUGCCAGCGCGGGCUUUGCCGGCGAGCUGAAGGUCUGGGUCGUUGACAAGGACACGGGUGAUUGGAAGCUUCACUCGGAGGUCACCGAUCAGAACUCCAAGGCGGGCGAGACAUGGGCCAUUGCGCUCAGCGAGGACGGCAAGUUCCUGGCAGGUACAACAUAUGACGGCCGGAUAAACGUGUGGGACAUUGGCGAAGAGGGAACGCCCAAGAUCCGGGAGUAUGAGACGGGAAGCCCUGGCUCGGGCAGCUUCGGCAUGUCGGUCGACUUGAGCAGAGACGGAAAGUUCACUGCGAGCGGACACCAGAACGGUUCCGUGUACCUCUUCAACAAUGACACCGGUCGGCUUGCGUCCUCUCUGCCUGGAUUGGCCAAGCCCGUUCGCGCGGUGGCAUUCUCUCCAGGCAACACGAGACUGGCGGCCGCUGGCGACUCCUCCAUCAUUGCCAUUUACGAUCUCAAGCACGGCGAGCAAGUCGGUAACCUGACUGGCCAUUCUUCGUGGAUCACGUCCAUUGACUGGAGCGACACCGGCGAAUACCUUCUGAGCGGAGCGAUGGACGGCAAGGUCAAGGUUUGGUCAGUCGAGCGCUAUGCCUGCGUAGCUACGCACAGCGAGACGGAUAAGGCACUGUGGUCUGUCAAGUGGCUUCCCAAGACCGGAAGGAGUGAGAUGUUCUGCACUGCCGGAGCAAACAGGAGCAUCUCGUUUUACAGAGAGGCCACUGGAGCGUAG